AUGACUUCAAUCGCCUUGAGCUCACGUACAAGUAGGGAAAAUAUUGAGAGGUGGCAACAGGAGAUAUCUCCGAAGCCAGAGGGAGACCAUGGAAUGAUAGCCCGCAUGCUUGAGACAUGCCUCGGGUUGCUUCGAAACUUGAUACAACAUUCCAGUCCUAAAUGGAUCACAACACCUGGGAACCGCACGCUUCGGCAAGGCUACGCUACGUUACAACUCUGGGAGCAUGGCCAUGGAGUAGCUGGAGGAAGACUUGAUGAUCACCUCAAGCGAUCAACGGAAGUUCGACAAGCAACCAUCGAGAUCCUGAUCCAUUUGUGCAGACAUUUGUUAGAUGGAAUGUCGAAUUUCGUCUUACCGCAGGUGAACGAUGCCUCAGUCCGACGUCAGCACACAGCAGCCUCAGAGUUCUAUAGUGAAUGGAAAUGGUACCUGAAAGCUGCCGACGAGAACUCAAGCGAGGAUGAAAGCGACAGUGGCGAUGAUCACGAAGAAGAAGAUAGCUUGCCAAGACGAGCAGAUGUGAUGAUUCGCAGAACGAAGACAUAUGUAAAUUGCUUGAUGGGUCUUGGUACUGCCUUGGAAUGCCCAGCUCCGGAUGAAUCCCACGACGAUGAGCCUGGCGUGGUAGGGGUGGGCCCACGUUUUGCGCACGACUAUCACACUGAUCUGAUACAAACGAAGUACCCAAAGGCUGAAGUACAUUUAGUGCAGGUUUUGGGCAAAAUCAGCUGGUCACGUUUCUUACGUAUGCAACGUGAGCGCGACAACAAUACCGCUGCGACGCCUGAGCUACAUGGCUUGCUAGCACCCCUUGCUACCAAAUCCACUGGCCUUAGUUCUGAAUUUCAGGAUUCAGGAAUUGGCACUUCUCUCGCAAAACCACAGUCAUCGUAUGCGGAGUCGACUGUAUCGUUCAUGACAAGCGUACCGGGCGGCGAGCGAGUCCGCAUCCCACCGCUGCCAGCAGAAGGGAAAAAUGGUCAACCCUUUGAGUGUAUCGCGUGCGCAAAACUCGUACGGGCAGAGAACAAUCGCGAAUGGAGGAAGCACCUCUUUAGCGAUUUGCAACCAUAUAACUGCUUCUAUCGUGAAUGCCAUUUCAACGCAACCGCAUUUACGAACCUUCAAGCUUGGAAGAAUCACCUAGAAUUCGAGCACAAUUUUGGACCUGCAUGGGAAGCAGUUGAAUGUCCACUCUGUUUGAAUCUUACAGCAGAUGGAAAGAGCGCCAUCUUAACGCAUUUUGCGAGACAUAUGGAAGAUGUUGCUCUUUUGGCUCUACCACCAGCUGUAGAACCAGAUGCUGAGUCAGACACAAGC